AUGUUAAUACCUCCAAAGACAAAAAGACAUUAAACUAUUGAUUAAUAAGAGUACUUUUUUUAAUAAAGGAAAAACUUUGAUCCUUAUAUUGAGAUGAUGAAGAAGUAAUAAUAAUAGGAAAUUAAUAUAUUUCGAAAAGCAUUUGCAAAUAUUGCUUCAUCUAGAAUUCAUGCUUAACAUCUAAAUGAAAAAAGAGAAUAAAUUGUAAUAAUUCUUAAAAUUUAGUUAUAAGGUAUUGACUGUACAUAAAAAAAAAAGAAUCUAAGCAAAAUCAGAAUUCAAGUUACCAACCUUAGGUUAGGGAGAAAGAACAGAAAGAGUAAAAAUUAAAUUUCCUCCUUAAAGAAUAAAGAAAAUCUUUGUUUGA